GUGGCGCGACCCGAGGAGGCGCCUGGCCAACCGACCCGACUCCCGAGGGCUCCAACUCUAGCGCCGCCGGCUCCGCCCUGCCGCCAGCGUCCCUUGCGGCGGAACCUGUGAGCGGCGCGAGCGUGUCCAGACAGGCAGCAGUGCUGAUUCGGCCACCCGUCAUCGCUUACAAAACCCCAAUCCGGCUUCGGCCGUGCCGUGUUGGAGACUUAGAGGUAUCUGUAGAAAAUGAAAAAAAACAUGGAUUUGAAAUCGUUGUGGGCUAGGGCUUCAAAAGCACGGAAGCUAGCUUCUACCUCAACACCAAAAUCCACACCGGUUGAUGCCGAAAGCCAACCUCGCAAUAACAGCAAUGCUCUUUCCAAUGAUGGGCUGCAGGUGGUACCAGUGCAUGCACAAAUACACCCAAUCACAGAGGAUGAUGAAUCCGGUGACCAAGAUGUUGAGUCCCUUGCUUCAAACAUUAUACAAUACCAGUCUGAGGCUGUAUCUGAGAAAUCCUGUUUGAUCCAUGCACUGAAGUGCUUGAGAUUUCUUUUGAAACAAGGGUUGGCUGUUCAUGGACAUUAUGAAAGUGAGGGAUUUAAUGAAGGGAAUUUUGUUGAGCUUUGCAAGUGGAUGGCAGAAACUGAUGCAAGAGUUAAAGGGGUGGUUUUAAAAAAUACUCAAAGAAACUAUAAAUUGAUCGAUCAGAACAAACAGGAACAACUCGCCAACUCCUGUGCCAAAGAAACCUCAAGGCUUAUCAUUGAAGAUCUCGGUGAUGAUUAUUUUGCAACACUUGUUUAUGAAUCUACUGAUCUGUGCCAACAAGAAGAAUUGUCUCUCUGCUUGCGAUAUGUUGAUAAAAAAGGAAUUGUAGUGGAAAGGUUUCUUGGUAUUGUUGAAGUUGAAGACGCCACCUCUUUGACAGUUCAAACAACAAUUGAGAACCUACUUAUGGAACACUCUUUGAGCUUUUCUAUGAUCCGUGGGCUGGGGUAUGAUGGAACUAGUAACAUGAAGGGUUAUGAUAAUGGUUUGAAGAAACUAAUUAUGGAUGAAUCCCCAUCUGCUUAUUAUGUCCAUUGCUUUGCCCGUCAACUUCAGUUAACACUCGUUGCUGUUGCUAAGGAGAAUACUCAUGGUGGUUGGCUGUUUUAUCAUGUUGAAUAUUUGUUGAAUGUUCUUCGUAUAUGUCGUGAAAAGAUACGAAUGCUUACAGUACCUCAAGCUAAGUAUAUCAUUGAAGCAUUGGUAUUGGAUAAAGUUGAAACUGAAGAGUGCUCGAAUCAACAGAUAAGCUUGGGAAGUCCUUCUGAUACUCGUUGCGGUUCUUGCUAUAGAACUGUGAUGCACAUUAUCUCUCUGUAUCCUUCAAUUGGACAAAUUCUCACAAUCAUUGGAGAAGAACAUGAUGGCAUAGAAGCUGCAAGAUGUCAAACCAUGAUGACAUCAUUCGAGUCCUUUAGGUUUGUUUUUAUGGCACACUUGUUGCAAACUAUAUUGGAGUAUACAGAUGACUUGUGCACUGCUUUGCAAAAGAGGGAUCAAGAUAUUGUUCAUGCUAUUGAUCUUGUUUAUGUGACAAAGGAAUGGUUUCAGUUACUGCGGGAAGAUGAUGGAUGGGAAGGUUUUCUUCAAAAGGUCACUUCUUUUUGUGUGAAACAUGAGAUCGAAGUUGUUGACAUGGAUGUUUUGUAUGAGCCGAUUGGCAGAUCUUCAAGGCUCUACAGGACUGCUAAAAAUCUCCAUUAUUACCAUGUUGAUAUGUUUUUGGAUGUGAUUGAUAGGCAACUUCAAGAACUUGAUCACAUGUUUGAUGAGGUAAACACAGAGUUACUUCUCUGUGUGGCAUCAUUCAAUCCUGCUGACUCAUUUGCUGCUUAUGAUGAGGACAGGUUGGUUAAGCUUGCUCACUUUUAUCCCAAGGAUUUCUCAAAGGCAGAAUUGUUGCAUCUUCCCUAUCAACUUACAACCUUUGUCGCUGAUAUGCGUAGUAACAAAAGGUUUAGAGAAGUGAAAAAUCUUGUCGAGGUUUCUGUUAAGCUUGUUGAAACAAAGAAGGACCAGGUUUAUCAACUUGUUUACAAGCUGCUCAAAUUGGUGCUGCUCCUGCCUGUUGCAACUGCAACUGUUGAGAGAAACAUGUCUUCGGUCAAAUAUGUGGAGUAUAAGGCAAGCAACAAAAUGUCGGGGCAAUGCAUGAAUGACUGCUUGGUUACAUUUCUUGAGGGAGACUUCUUUUUGCAAGUUCAGGAUGAUGCCAUCAUAUCUCGCUUCCAAGCUACUCCUUCCGUUCCAUAAAUCCCUCCGUUCCAUAAAGAUCGGCACAGAUUUGAAUUAGCUUUAGUUCAAAUUCAUGCCAAUCUUUAUGGAACGGAGGGAGUAUGAAUGACUGUAAAGAUGUGUAAUAACUUUUAUCUACUAUUUGCAAUAUCUCGAUGUAAUUUGAACAAACACCUUCAUGCUUUAAUGUAAUUUGAACAAACACCUUCAUGCUUUAAUGUAAUUUGAACAAACACCUCUUUUUUUUUCU